UAUUUGGCUGAUCCGACUUCGUCAACUGAACUCUACGAACGCGGUUUGGCGAUUUCGAAUUUAACGCUCGUCUCAGAUGUCGUAAAACCGUUAUUUGGUCGUGUUAUUGAGCUGAGAACUGCUGCUAAUAAUCAUGAUAACGCACAACGUUCCAUCAGUGCAAAAUUUCGUCAAGGCAGUCCAUUAAUGUUGUAUCGUGGUGGUGCUCAAUUGGAACCUGUUGCCGAAUGUGUCAUGUUGAGGUCAGCUCAACGAGAAAUUCAAUUAAAGUUAAACAAAAAACUAGAUCAGAAUUUAACUGUGGAUUGUCACAAUCAAAAUAAUCAAACAACAACAGCAGAACAGGGAACAGAGAUAUCUACUACAGCCACAACGUAUACACUUAUACCAUCAGUAACUACCGGAGUAUUACAUUCACUCACUAAGUUCAUUUCUGAUUCAGCCUCAUGGAGAGGUGCGCCUGGAGAACGUAUAUUGCAUUAUACAUAUCGUGCACUUCCGAUGUCAUCCGUUCAUCACGAUCGUAAAUUACACUACAUUCUUGACGAACUGAAUGACGAUCAAAAACGUGCCGUCUCGGCUGCUCUCAAUAAAAAUCGCCCAGUAGUCACGAUUCAAGGCCCUCCAGGUACCGGCAAAACGGCCGUACUAAUUGAAAUUAUACUACAGGCGAUACGUGCAAAACAGAAAGUAUUAUGUGCACCAUCGAAUCUCGCGAUCGAAAACAUAAUAACCCGUAUUCGCAAUUAUAACGAGCAAUGUCGUAUUGGAAUGGAUCCGAACAUCUUAAUGGAAGACGAACUCAAGGAAGACCACAACAACUAUAAGCAGCUUGUCGAGAUUUAUGAACGAUUGGUGAGUGAACAUCUGAAUGAAUCGAUUCGUUUGAAUGGCUAUUCGUCGGCAAUCACAAAAAAAUUAAUGCAAGACGGGAAGCGCCUCAAGGAUUUUAUGCAAAAGAAUGUUAUCAGUGAGAAACAAGUGAUAUUUUGUACAGUUUCGAGUAGUUCAUUGCAUUCGCUGAAGAGAUUCGGAUUUAUGGCUGAUCUGUUGAUAAUUGAUGAAGCUGGACAAGUGAUGGAAUGUGCAACGUGGCUACCGAUACUGCAAUCGAAACGUUGUGUUCUUUGCGGAGAUCAGCAUCAACUACCGGCCGUUUUGCAGUCCACUACGGCAGUCGCGCAAGGAUUAAGUAGAUCUCUAAUGGAGAUACUCAAUCAACAAUUCGGUUCGAUCCUGAAUCACAUCUUAAGUAUUCAGUAUCGUAUGAACGAAAAAAUUAUGAAAUGGUCAAAUGAAUAUUUUUAUGAAUCGAAAUUAAACGCUCAUCAGUCAGUUGCAAAUAUUACACUCAGUGAAAUCAGUGAUAUCAAUGAGAAGAGUGUUAUAAAUGCGCCAUUGCUGAUGGUUGAUACACAGCAGAAGAUCAACAAGGAGGCUGAUGAGUUCCUACCAGAAGAUCAGUCUUCUAAAUCGUCCACCAACAAAAUAAGAAAUCGACCAAAAAAAUUGUUCUUUCAAGAACAGAGUUACCAACACUCAUAUCGAAAUAUAAAUGAGGCGAAGCUUUUGUGCGUUUAUGUGAAUUACUUGUUAAAGAUGCGUGUUCAAAGCGAUCACAUUGGUGUUAUAUCGCCUUAUUUUGCACAGGUUGAACUCAUUCGAAAAAUGCUUGGCAAUAGUGAGAUAUCGGUGAGUACAGUCGAUGGCUUUCAAGGGCAGCAACGAGAAGUGAUCAUUAUGUCGUUGGUAAGAAGCAACUAUAAGGGAAGGAUUGGCUUUUUGAGUGAUGAAAGACGAAUGAACGUGGCGAUAACACGUGCACGUCGUCAAUUUGUUUUGGUGGGAAAUGGUCGCAUGAUGCAAAACGCAAAACAUUUACGGACUUUAUUCGAUUGCAUUCAAAAGAAUGGUACGAGAAUAAAUGCAGAGAAGUUUACAUCACUCUUGCGGAAUGCACAAGAAGAGAAAAAGGCUGAUGGGGAACAGUAG